GAUGAUGUUGAAAUGGCCCUUGAUGCAAGAUCCUCGGCUAUUGAGCCUAAUGCCGCUGGUGGGUUCAAUACGAUUAAAGAGGAAAGUUGCAAGCAAAAGCAACGUAUUGCCUCACUGGACGUAUUUCGCGGCAUCACUGUGGCGGUAAUGAUACUCGUGGAUAAUGCUGGUGGAAUCCUGCCUGCUAUUAACCAUUCACCUUGGAAUGGUUCAACCCUUGCAGAUUUUGUCAUGCCGUUUUUCCUCUUCAUUGUUGGUAUUUCACUUGUGCUUACGUACAAGAAAUUGGCAUGCAGAGCUGUUGCAACCAGAAAAGCAAUAUUACGGGCUUCCAAGCUUUUCACAUUAGGCAUUUUCCUUCAAGGCGGCUUCAUUCAUCGCAUAAACGAUUUAACUUAUGGAGUGGAUAUAAAAUAUAUGAGAUGGAUGGGUAUACUCCAGAGAAUUGCCAUAGCAUAUCUGGUGACAGCAUUGUGUGAGAUUUGGCUCAAGGGUGAUAAUAAUAAUAACAUUAAUGUUAAUUCCGGAUCAUCUCUGCUCAGGAAGUAUCGAUUCCAGUGGGCUUUGGCUUUCAUGCUUACAACUCUAUAUCUUUCCUUGUCAUAUGGCUUGUAUGUGCCUGAUUGGGACUUUCAGAUUCCAAUUGCAACUUCCUCCUCUGCACCAAAAUUGUUUACCGUCAAAUGUGGAGUCGGCGGUGACACUGGCCCAGCUUGUAAUGCUGUUGCAAUGAUUGACCGUAAGAUAUUGGGUAUACAACAUUUAUAUACAAGACCAGUCUACGCAAGAACACAUCAAUGCAGUAUUAACUCCCCAGACUAUGGCCCAUCACCGUCUGAUGCUCCAUCAUGGUGUCAAGCCCCUUUUGAUCCUGAAGGGCUUUUAAGCUCUGUGAUGGCCAUUGUUACCUGCUUGGUUGGUUUGCAUUAUGGGCACAUUAUUGUCCAUUAUAAGGAUCACAGAGAUAGGAUGCUUCACUGGAUGAUCACAACCGCUUGUCUCAUUAUCUUGGGCUUUGCCUUGGAUUCCUGUGGGAUGCAUUUUAACAAGUCUCUUUACACAUUCAGCUACUCGUGUUUCACUGCUGGUGUUGCUGGCAUUCUUUUUGCUGCAAUUUACUUCAUGGUUGAUGUGUGUGGAUAUAGGCGCCCUACUGUGCUUAUGGAGUGGAUGGGGGUGCAUGCGCUGACGAUUUAUAUCCUUGCUGCCUGCAACGUCGUGCCACUUCUCCUCCUGGGAUUCUAUUGGGGGGAGCCUCACAAUAAUUUUCUUAGGUUAAUUGGAGUUGGAAUAUAG